CAGCUAUAUAAACUCAUGUCACUUAUCUCAAUUUUCCACCAACAAAAACAUUCGAGAUACAAUACUACUCAAGAAAUAUAUAAUAUGAAGUUUUCUUGUGGUACAAGAUUCGCGUUCUUGGUUCUCUUUCUAAUUGCAGCACAAUCUGUGGCCGUAUAUGCGGGUAGCUUCCAUAAAGACGUUCAGAUACAUUGGGGUGAUGGCCGCGGAAAGGUUCGCGACAGAGAUGGAAAGCUUCUUUCUCUCUCGCUCGACAAAUCAUCUGGUUCGGGUUUUCAGUCUAACCAGGAGUUUCUCUAUGGUAAAGCCGAGGUUCAGAUGAAACUUGUCGCUGGUAACUCUGCUGGAACAGUUACAACAUUCUACCUUAAAGCGCCAGGUACCAUGUGGGAUGAGAUCGAUUUUGAGUUCUUGGGAAACAUAAGUGGUCAUCCGUAUACUCUCCAUACGAAUGUUUACACACAAGGGUCUGGAGACAAAGAACAACAAUUUCAUUUGUGGUUCGACCCAACAAAGAACUUUCACACUUACUGCAUCACAUGGAACCCCCAAAGGAUUAUUUUCACGGUUGAUGGCAUUCCUAUUAGAGAGUUCAAGAACUCUGAGUCAAUUGGUGUUCCAUUCCCAAAGAACCAACCUAUGAGGCUCUACGCGAGCCUUUGGGAAGCAGAGCAUUGGGCCACAAGGGGAGGAUUAGAGAAAACAGAUUGGUCAAAAGCUCCUUUUACUGCUUUCUACAGAAACUACAAUGUGGAAGGAUGUGUUUGGGCUAAUGGAAAAUCAUCUUGCCCCGCAAACUCCCCAUGGUUCACUCAGAAACUCGAGCAGGGAGGUGUGGAUAAGAUGAAAUGGGCACAGAGUAAGUACAUGAUCUAUAACUAUUGCACCGAUACAAAGAGGUUUCCUAAAGGUGUUCCUGCAGUGUGCACUUAAAUUAUCGAUUCAUUGGUUCGUGAAUGAGUUACUUGGCAUCAUCUUUGUAACUCAAAUGAGUUUUAUUUAUUGUUUUUCAUUCAUUUGUUGCUCAAUCAUGUGUAUGUGGUGUUUUGUGUAAGAAUUUGCAAGUAAUAACAAAUAAUAAAUCAUGGAAACAAAAGUUUUCGCUAC